AUGGAAGAAGACCUAAAUUCGACCAUCGCCAACGCCACCAGCAAAGCCAUCAAACCGACCGAAUGGACCGACGACCUGGCGUUGGCCGUCAAGGCCGCCAUCAUGGGCUCCAUCAUCAUAGCCUCGAUAUUCGGCAAUCUCUUGGUCAUCGUCUCCGUCAUGCGACACCGGAAACUCCGCAUCAUCACCAACUACUACGUGAUAUCGCUGGCUUUAGCCGACAUGCUGGUGGCGAUGUUCGCCAUGACCUUCAACGCCAGCGUGCAAAUCUACGGCGAAUGGAAGUUCGGCUAUUUCAUGUGCGACGUGUGGAACUCUCUAGACGUGUACUUCUCCACUUCAUCCAUAUUGCACCUCUGUUGCAUCAGCGUCGAUCGUUACUACGCCAUCGUCAAACCGCUCAAAUACCCGUUGACGAUGACCAAAAACGUCGUCGCCUUCAUGAUACUCAACACGUGGCUCAGCCCGGCCGUCAUCAGCUUCCUGCCGAUAUUCAAAGGCUGGUACACGACGCAGGCCAACCAGGAGUUCCGCAACGGCCACCAAGACAUCUGCGAGUUCAUCGUCAACAAGCCGUACGCCGUCAUCAGCAGCAGCAUCUCCUUUUGGAUACCGUGCACCAUCAUGAUCUUCAUGUAUUUGGCCAUCUUCAGGGAGGCCAAUCGGCAGGAGCGCGAGAUGUUCCACCGGCACGGCGCCGCCAUGUUGCUACACCAAAACAACACCAACGGCGACAUGUUGUCCAAUUCGGGCGGCUCGUCCAAGACGCUGACGGCGCACGACAUCAACCAGGACCUCCAUCACACGCCCACCAAGGAGCGCAACCUGUCCAAGAUGAAGCGCGAACACAAGGCGGCUCGAACGCUGGGCAUCAUCAUGGGCACCUUCAUCCUCUGCUGGUUGCCUUUUUUCCUCUGGUACGAUACGGUGUACCUGUGCGAUUCGUGCCGGUUGAAUUGCCCGCCCGAGGUGGUCGCCGUCAUGUUCUGGAUCGGUUACUUCAACUCCACGCUGAAUCCGCUCAUCUACGCCUACUUCAACAGGGACUUUCGGGAGGCGUUCAAGAACACGUUGCAGUGCGCCUUUUGCAGCCUGUGUAAGAGGCCACCUUCGGAUCUCGAUUAUGUAGAUCACCGGAGGCCGUCGAUGAGGUACGAGGACAGGACGAGGAGCGUCUAUUCGGAGACCUAUCUCAAGCACGUCGACCGGCGGUGCUCCGAUUUCGGGUCGAGUCUCUGA